AAGAGAUUGUACAGAAUUGGAUUGAAUUUGUUCAACAGGAAACCAAACAAGGGCAUAGACUUUUUACUGACCCACAAAUUCCUCGACUCCAAGCCCCAGUCAAUUGCGAGAUUCCUGCUAAACCGGAAGGGCCUAAGUAAGCAGAUGGUUGGCGUUUAUCUGGGUGAUCUACAAAGGCCCAUGAAUAUGGAAGUUUUGAGCCACUUCGUGAACGGCAUUGACCUUCACAACCUCCCCAUCGACGAGGCCCUCAGGAAGUUCCAAGCCUACUUCAGGCUACCGGGAGAGGCCCAGAAGAUAGAGAGACUGAUGGAGGCUUUCUCAACGAGUUAUUACAACUCCAAUCCCAGUGGGACUCUGAAGAACGUGGACACCAUCUUCCUGCUCUCCUACGCUGUCGUCAUGCUGAACACGGACCUCCACAACCGAAACAUCAAGGUGGAAAAGAAGAUGAGGAUGGAAGAUUUCGUCAAGAAUCUAAGGGGCAUAGACAAUGGGAAGGACGUUGACCCCGGCUAUCUGAGCGAUAUCUACCGUCGGAUCUCUACCUGCCCGCUUAAACCCUCCAACGACCAUGUCACCCAGGUCAGCAAGGUCGACGCCAUGAUUGCCGGCAAGAAACCGCUCCUAGUCCAGCCACACCGUCGCCUCGUCUGCUACUGCCGCUUGUUUGAGGUCUUCGAUCCGAUGCUCAUGAGAAAAGAUAAGGACGGCGGUAGACAUCAAAGAGACGUCUUCCUCUUUAACGAUCUACUGGUGAUAACGAAACUAUGCAACCGGAAGAAGAACGUGCUUACGUACAACUUCCGGGAGUCAUUUCCUCUCCUACACAUGAAAAUCGUUCUAUUUGAUCUGCCAUAUUGUCCAAAUGGUAUGCAGUUGGUAAACGGCUGUGAUGGCUCGGUCCUUGUGACAUUUUGUGCCAAAGACGAUGGCGAACUUAAGAAGUUUGUCUCAGACCUCAAUGAAUCUAUAUUGGAGGUUAUUUCUUCCUUUAUUUCAUUCUUUCGUUCUUCCUUCUUUCUAUUCAUUCGUUCGUUCGUUCGUUCUGUCAUUCACACGUUCGUCCGUUCGUUUGUUUGUUCAUUUGUUCAUUCAUGA